AUGUCUCAACUCCUUAAGCAAAGAGUCCGUUACGCUCCUUAUCUCAAGAAGCUCAGAACCCCAGAAGAGUGUGUUGAACUCUUCAAGAACAACCAGUACAUCGGCUGGUCCGGUUUCACCGCUGUUGGUGCCCCAAAGGUUGUGCCUGAUGCUGUUGCUCAACACGUUGAGGACAACAACUUGCAAGGCAAGUUGCAAUUCAACUUGUUUGUCGGUGCCUCCGCUGGUAAGGAGGAGUCCAGAUGGGCUACAAACAACAUGAUCAAGCUCAGAUCUCCUCACCAAGUUGGUAGACCAAUUGCUGCCGGUAUCAACGAUGGUAGCAUCAAGUUCUUUGACAAGCACUUGUCCAUGUUUGCGCAAGAUUUGACCUAUGGUUUCUACACCAGAGAGAAGGAGAAUGAUUUGUUGGAUAUCUCCAUCAUUGAGGCCACCGCCAUUACUGAGAGUGGUGCUAUUGUUCCAGGUCCAGCUGUCGGUGCCACCCCAGAGAUGGUGUCUGUUUCUGACAAGAUUAUCAUUGAAGUCAACACCGCCACUCCAUCCUUCGAAGGUUUGCACGAUAUUGACAUGCCAAUCAACCCACCUCACAGACCACCAUACCCAUACAUGACUGUUGACCAGAAGUGUGGUGUACACGCAGUUCCAGUUGAUCCAGAAAGAGUCAUUGCCAUUGUCGAAUCUACUACUAAGGAUUCUGUUCCACCAAACACCCCAUCUGACGCCAUGUCUAGGGCCAUCGCUGCUAACUUGGUUGAGUUCUUUAGAAAUGAGGUCAAGGCUGGCAGAAUGCCAGAGAACUUGCACCCAUUGCAAUCCGGUAUUGGUAACGUUGCCAACGCCAUUAUCGAAGGUUUGGCCGAUGCUAACUUCAAGCACUUGAACGUGUGGACUGAGGUUUUGCAAGAUUCCUUCUUGGACUUGUUCGAGAACGGUUCCUUGGACUAUGCCACCUCUACGUCUGUCAGAUUGACCGAAGCUGGUUUCGAAAGAUUCUUCAACAACUGGGACGAAUUCUCCAAGAAGUUGUGUCUUCGUUCCCAAGUCGUCUCCAACUCGCCAGAGAUCAUUAGAAGAUUGGGUGUCAUUGCUAUGAACACUCCAGUGGAGGUUGACAUCUACGCCCAUGCCAACUCCACCAACGUCCAAGGCUCUAAGAUGUUGCAUGGAUUGGGUGGUUCCGGUGAUUUCUUGCGUAACGCAAAGGUGUCCAUCAUGCACACCCCUGCGGCACGUCCAUCCAAGACCGACCCAACUGGUAUCUCCUGUGUCGUUCCGUUCGUCUCCCACAUUGACCACACUGAGCACGACUUGGAUGUUCUCGUAACUGACCACGGUUUGGCCGAUUUGAGAGGAUUGUGCCCAAGAGAGAGAUCUAGAGUUAUCAUCAAGAACAUUGCUCACCCAGACUACGUUGACCAAUUGCUUGACUACGUUAACAGAGCUGAGCACUAUGCCAACAAGACCAAGUCUAUGCACGAGCCACACAUCUUGGCUGAUGCCUUCAAGAUGCACUUGAACCUUGCUAAGAACGGUACCAUGAAGUUGUCAUCUUGGGAUGCUCCAAUCUAA